UUAAUCGGCAAAAUGCGUAACUCCACAUUUUUCAUAAAAUGACAUUUUUGUGCCAUCUGGUAGGAAAUAUUACAACCCAUGACUUGCAGAAAUCCGUAUAUCCAAAAUUAAAUCGGUUUAUUUGGCAUUCCAUAAGUAGAAAACCUCGUAUCUCCUUUCCCGCCAAUUUCAAUCGGCAAAAUCCGUAAAUCCGUCGGUUUGUUAUACAUUUUCAUGGUGAACACAUGUAUAACAAUGUUAUGUGGUUUAUUGGCUUUGCUGCAGUGAUACUAACAUCUUAUUUUGUAUAAUUAACUCUUAUAAGGUAAGAGUAAUUUCUAUUUAUUAGGUACAGUACAUUUUUAGAGUCAAAAUUAAUAAACAGAGCGGUAAAGGCAAAAUAUUAUUUUUAAGGGAGUUACGCAGUUUUCGUGUUUUAUAUUUUUAGUAGUUACAUUUACUCACAUAGGACAUAAGUACUUUUCUUCACGUUUGUUAUAGAAUUAUAAACAUAUUUUAACCUGCUUUUCAGUUACAGAAAAUAUUUUGUUUAAUCAAGUAUACGCUUCCGUUAAAUGAGCAGCUUAUACCAAAUAUUAAAUAUAUCUAUCGGUUUUGUAAACAGGGUCAGUCUAAACCAUCUGUUAAUUUCGAAUGAUUUUAUUGCAAAAGAACUAGAGUCUAAAACAUGCUUAAAUGGCUUAUUCUACACUCUUAGAGCGAUUUCUUCUCCAUUCGUGUAGAACAUAGCUUAUAUACUCGCUUAUAUAUCAAUUUCAAACGUUUAUAGACCAUGUUCGGUUUAUUUAUUUUAGACCAUGGCAAGGCGAAUUGACAGAAUCUUUAAAGCAUUGGACGUUGUAAAAAGUAAUACACAAUGCAAUGUUAACGAGGCGCCAGUUAAAAAUAGCGUAUAUAAAAAACCAUUUAGCGACAAUCCGGAUUUCAAUGCAACCUUAAAAAAUAAUGAUAGUUAUAACUUAGAUCUAUCGAAAACCAUUGAAGAAGCCGAAAUUAUAUUUUUAAACGAUGGUGAUGUACCAAUAAGCGAACUUAUGGUUGCAUCCAAUAAUGCUGAAUGUAUAUUAUCUGAGGAACAAGAAAUUCAAAUGCUGGUAAAGGACAGAAGGGAAGAAACAUUAGCUUCAGUGGACUUCAAUAUGGAAGUUGACCGGAUAUUUAAUGAAAUACCUUCCUGUUCAGCAGUACAACCUAGUAGAUCUGAGGUAACUAUCAAUAUUCACGAGACACUGAUUAAGGAAAACAUUUAUGGAGAAACGGAUAAUAACGAUCCCGAUUUUAAUCCAGCCUUAAAAAAUUAGGAUACCUCUGACUCAGAAGAUGACCCUAUUGCCGUGCCAAGUAAUUUACCGGACGACAACAUAUUGGAAGAUGAAAACCCAAGACGAAAACGAUCAACAAAAUACGAAGUAAACAGAAACGAAUGGUAUGAAAAUAGAAACCGAAUAAAUAGAGAAAAAGGAAAAUCCUAUUUAGGGAAAAAAAAGGAAGUGGAGGUAUGAUACUGUACAGGAACCAAGAUUACUAAAAGAGGCCUGUAACUGUAAACUAAGUGCAAAUCCAAAAUGUAUUUUGAAAUGUAGACAGAUAGCGGAAAAUGAGAGAGAAAUUAUUUUUACGCAGUUCUGGAAAUAUACUUGGGCAGAAAAGAAGAUGUUCGUAAAAAACCAUGUGUCCGUAGAAACCACUAGUAGAAAGAGAGGAUAUAGAGAAGUUUCUAGAAGAUCAUAUUCGCAUAAGUUUUUUUUGGGCAAGGCCAGACUAAGGGUGUGUAAAGUAAUGUUUCUUAACACAUUAGGGGUGAACGAGUGGGUUAUAAAAAAGUGGACAAAAAAUAGCGACCAAGUCCAUUUUAACCAGACUGAAAUACCUGAUAAAAUUAAUACUUCUGUUCGUUUGCUGCAUGAGUUUUUUGAGACUCUACCAAAGUUAGAGUCGCAUUACUGUAGGGCUUCUACCGCUAAGCUUUAUUUAGAACCUAUUUGGAAUUCUAAAGCCCAUUUAUAUAAGGUUUAUAAAAACGACUACUGCAAAACACGUAAUGGAAAAUCUGUAUCAAUUGCCACUUUUCAUAAGGAAUUUGACAAAAAAAGGUUGUCGCUUUAUAAACCAAAAAAAGAUCUAUGCGACUGUUGUGUCGCUUAUCAAACAGGCAAUUUAACAGAAGAAAAGUACAAUGAA